AUGGCCGGAAUCGGCGACGCCGGCGACGUCUCCCCGACGGUCAGGAGCUUCCCAGGCCACCUCAUCGAUUUUGACUCUGUCAUUGCUUCCGUGGCAGAGGAGAGCAAAAAAGAAGAACCAGAGACACCAAGGUACCGAGAUCGUGCCAAGGAGCGCCGUGAAGAUCAAAACCCGGACUACGAACCGACAGAGCUUGGUUCAUUUCAUGCCGUGGCACCUCCUGGAGCAGAUUUGAGGCUAGCAGAUGGCCAAAAGAUUUCAAUUGAGAAGAGCAAAUAUCUUGGAGGUUGGGAAACAAAAGAAGAUCGUUCAAUCUCAUUCCGCACUGCAAUUACAAAGUCUGUCUACCAGUGGACUGUAAAGCAACAACAAAGCAUGAUAAAGACGAACGAAAUGUUUCUUCCUGGCCGGAUGGCAUUUAUUUACAAUAUGGAGGAUGGGCUUAACAAUGAUAUCCCAACAACGGUUCACAGGAGCAAAGCUGAUUGCCCUGUUCCAGAGGAAAUGGUUACUGUCAGUGUGGAUGGUUCUGUACUCGACAGAAUUGCCAAGAUCAUGUCAUACCUUAGACUUGGAUCAUCAGGGAAGGUCUUGAAGAAGAAGAAAAAAGAGAGGGAUACAAAAGGGAAGAAUAAUUUGGCAGGCGGUGACUAUGAUGAGGCAGUAAGACGCCAAACAAAUGGUUCUGCUCUUAAACAGCAUUCAGAAAAGGAACUUCUACCACCUCCACCCCCACUCCCACGAAAGAGUAACUUCAGUGAAAAGGAGAAACAUAAACCUUCUGUCCCUAUUGCUCGUGAAGAUGAUGAUGACAUAUUCGUUGGAGAUGGAGUUGACUACACUGUUCCUAACAAAGAAAUGAGUGAGAGCCCUAUCUCCGAAGAUAUGGAUGAAUCCCCACAUAACCAUCAGAAUCAGUCCCAUUUGACUGAACCUGCGUAUGGCCCUAUUCGACCAUCUGAACCUGCGUAUGGCCCUAUUCAACCAUCUGAACCUGUGUAUGGCCCUAUUCAACCAUCUGAACCUGCUCAAGCUUGGCAACAACAAUUGGAUGGUUAUGAUGAAAUUCAAGCUCAAAUGGCAGCUGCUGGAUAUCAAGGCGAGUGGCCAGGCUAUCAGUAUCCUGAACAGCAGCUGGCUUAUCCAGAGCAGUACAUGCAACAAGGUACUCUGGGAUAUGAUGUCUUAGCUGACCCAAAUAUAAUUCAGGAUCCAAGGUUGAUGACUCAAGCAGACAAAGAUAAGGGUCUAGGUUCUGUUUUCAAACGUGAUGAUGACAGGCUCAAGCAGCUGAGGGAAAAAGAUGCGCGAGAGAAGGACCCAAAUUUUAUUUCAGAUAGUUACUCCGAGUGCUAUCCUGGUUAUCAGGGGUACAAUCAAGAGAUUGCAGGGAGUGAUGAUGAAGAUGAUUUGUCCAAGAUGGAUAUGGGUGGAAGGGAGAAAGGCCGUCUUCACCGGUGGGACUUUGAGACGGAAGAGGAGUGGGCAAAAUACAAUGAUCAGAAGGAAGCCAUGCCGAAGGCGGCAUUCCAGUUUGGGGUGAAGAUGCAAGAUGGCAGGAAGACCAGGAAGCAGAACAAGGACCAGAAGCUCAGCAACGACCUCCACAAGAUCAACAAGAUUCUGGCGAGGAAGAAGGGUGAUAAAGAUGGAGGUGAAGGGCAUUAUGACGACGAUAUGCCUAGCGGGAAGAAACAGCGCGCUUGAUCUCACUGUUCACCAGUUUUUAUUCAUCCAUCCUGCUGGAACUGUAACAUGGCCCUGCUUUUCUAGCUGAAACAGUGCAAAUCUGUAGGUCAGUGUUAUUUAUAUAUGCAUCAGUAGUUUCAUUUGUUAGCAGAGCCAGCCUUGCAUGGCAUUUGUUGUAGAAUAUGUAACCAGAUGGUCUCAUAAAUAUGGUCAGGCUGGCAUGAAAAGCAUGUAACAGUAUACCAGAAAGAAGGAAAAUAUUCUGAAUUUUUGCCCA